AUGGCCGAUCUUUUGAGCAGCAAUGGCGGCUGCAGCACCCUCUCAGAUUCCUCCGCGGAAGUCACAUACGUGAAGGACACCAUACGGACCUGGACAGGCAGAUGGCUGUUAGUGUUCGACAACUACGAUACGCCAUGUGCGUUCACAAAUAUUGCCGAGUACUUCCCUACCGCCGCAGGCGAUCCGCCAAACACGAUUCUAGUGACUAGCAGGCAGCUAGAGUGUGGAGGACUUGGAGCUCACAUCAAAGUAAGCGGACCUACAGAAGCUGAAGGCUUGGAGCUGCUCAUUUCACGCUCCGGAGCAACAUCUGGCGACCCUGAUCGGUUUGCUCGCCAACCGAAGUGGGGGAAAGUGAUUGUGAACAAGCUUGGCUAUCUUCUGCUCGCUAUUGAUCAGGCAGCAGCCUAUAUCACCAUUCGUCAACUGUCUCUAAAAACCUUCCUACAGCAACUGAAGUCGCGGAAGAGACUCAUCUUGGCAUCAGCCCCGACAACCUCAUGGGAGUAUCGGAAACGGUCUGAUGACGAUAAUAGCCUCCGCGGAGAGCACUUGUCGGUUCUUACGACUUGGGGUUUGUCCUUCGAUCAGAUAUCUGGUCCGGAUCCGGGUGCAACACGCGCCUUCCUUAUCCUUUCAGCGUUUCUCAACCGCACUUAUAACAGCGAGAUAGUCUUCCGUAACUUCGUCGAGCGGAGUAUUGUCGGAGGUGACGGUAUUGCAUGGGCGGAGCAGUUCUUCCUUGAUAGGCGGCGGCAUUCAUUUCAGUUCCAAGACACCAUUGCAGCGCUGGCCAAUUUAUCGCUGAUCCAGGGCAUAUCAUUCACUGGUCAAGAGGUCGGGUUUUCGCUUCAUCCACUCGUCAAGGAGUGGCUUCAAUUACGAUGUGGCCUGAGGACACAAAAACGGCUGAAACAUGAAGCGAUCUUAAUGACGGUGGUGUUGGUUCAGACCAAAGAGUCCGACGGUCUCCCGCUCCACACUAGACGAGACCUACUCAGCAACAUCGAUUGCUGCAUGGAGAACAGUCGGACAUCCCUUCAAACGACAGAAGAUAAGGUCGCGUACAGCGGAAUCCUAGAAGGCCACACAACGACCUUCGCCACUUUCUACGGCCGUCACGAUCUACACACUGCGGCAGAAGAAUUGUUCCUCGAAUCUGUUCGAUUUCAAAACAAUGAUGCCUCGACUGUGUUGCGUACGAUGAACAAUCUCGGAGCGCUGUGCAUUGAUAUGUCGAAAACACGUGAAGCUGAGCACGUUCUUGGACUUGUGCUGGCCGCAAAAGAACUCACUCUGGGCCGCGACCACUUCAGGACCCUGAAUACGGUCAAUAACUUGGAGAACGUCUUCACGGCACAGCUACUGUUCGACAAGGCCACCGACAUGUAUCAAAGAGUGCUUGCCGGAUACCGCAAAACCUUCGGCAACGCGCAUCAUAGCAUCAUUCAAGCCUACAACAACCUCGCGGAGCUUGCGAUGAAGCGGGGAGAUUUCAAAGGGGCAAACGGCCUCCUCGAUUCCGUACUCGACGCCGCAAAAGCCUGCAACAAAGGAGAUAGCGAUCUGGUCAUCUAUAUAGAGUCUAAUGUACCCCGGUUAACUUAG